AUGACUGACUUCAAAGAUCACUAUGAGGUGGUGAUCUGUGGUGGAGGCCCGGUGGGCUUAUUGAUGGCCUACGGCCUGCAACGUAUGGGUAUCGAAACCUGUGUCAUUGGUAAGAACGACCUUUCGCCUGCGGAACCUAAGGAGUUGGAGAGAGCUAUUUCUCUCUAUUUCUCCCUUUAUUUCUGGCCCGGUGCUGACUAUGGCCUUUUCACUCGGACGGAAAAAGAACGACUCGAAAAGCACAAGCUGCCCAUGUACGGCCGCGCGUGUACAAUGUUCCCCCGCACAUUGGAAAUGCUCGACCAGUACGACCUUCUCACGCGUCUCAAUCAAGUGGGCUUCGUGUCCAGGAGUGGCGUCAAUUAUGAUAAGGACGGGAAUAGAGACAGCAGGCGGGGUAUGCGGCAUGUGUUUGACGCCAUGCAAGGGCAUACCUUUGUGGAUUAUAUGCUGAACAUCCGAUUGAAGUACACCGAGGACAUUGUGAAGGAGGAGUACGAGAGAAUCGGUGGAAUCGUGGCCGGGGGAUGGGAGGUGGUGAAUUUGACCAUACCGACGGACCAAGGGGAUACUGAGAAGGCUCAUGCCCGUCCUGUGAAGAUUGAGGUAAAGAGUGCCAACACUUCAGAGACGCGGACACUUGCUGGCGAGUACCUCGUCGGCGCCGACGGCACCCGCUCCAUUGUCCGCCACCUCUCCGGCAUCUCGUCGACAACAGACAGCACAGCCCUCCGCUGGGUACGCAUCGACGGGGUCGUGGAGACGGAUAUGCCAGACUCCCGGGAGGGCUUUGCGACUCUGGAAUCUCCCACGCACGGCAACGUGCUGUGGGCUGCUCUAGACCAUGGCCGUUCGAGGGUCGGAUUCGCGCUUUCGAGGGAAAUGAUGGCGAGAUAUGGCGAGACCAUGACGCAGGAACAAGCUAUCGACGAAGCGAAACUGGCUCUCAAGCCGUUUGCUCUCGAGUUCAAGUGCGUGGAUUGGUAUACCGUAUACAACGUGCGACACUCCGUGGCCGACACCUUCGUGAAGAACCGAAUCCUCCUGGCCGGCGACGCCUGCCACAGCCACUCGUCGGGGACCGCGCAGGGCAUGAACACGGGCGUCCACGACGCCUUCAACCUGGCGUGGAAACUUGCCGGGGUGCUGAAGGGGUGGUACGGCGCCUCGAUUUUGGAGACGUACGACAGCGAACGGCGGCCCGUCGCCCAGCACCUGAUCCAGCUGGACAAGACCUUUUCGGCCCUGAUCUCCGGGACCGUGCCCGAGGAGCUGGCCGUCGCGGGAGGACUCUCGUCGACGGACCCGAGCGUGCUGUUCGCCAAGGCGCUGGAAGAGAACGUCCAGUUCAACAUCGGGCUGGGUAUCCGGUACGGCGAGAACACGCUGAACGUGGCCACCAAGUCGGCCUCGGUGCCCUGUGGCUGGCGCGCGCCCGACGUCCUGGUCCACGCGCCCGGCGCGAGGAUCCCCACGAGGCUGCACACGGUGAUGAAGAACGUGGGUCUGUUCUGGGUGCUCGUGUUUGCCGGCGAGCCGCUUUUGACCGGUCAGAAAGUGAAGGCUCUGAGAGGAUAUAUCGACGGCGACAGCAUGAGGCGCUUUCUCACUAAGCGCCGCCACCGCCGCCGCAGAGAUGGCGCUGCCGUCGUCGCCGCGAACGACCGCAAAGGCCAAGGCGAAGCCGAAUGCAAAAGAGUUCGCCUCCUGACCAUCAUCGCGGGGAACAAGCCCCAGGCCGACGAGGCGCUGGGCGCGGCCCGGUUCGGCGACGCUUACUACGACCACGACUCGACGGCGCACGCACGGUACGGGGCCAGCGUGGGCGGGGGCGCCGUGGUCGUGGUCCGCCCGGACGGCAUUGUAGGCUUUGCGGCGCCGCUGGACGGCGGGCCCGAUUUGAGCGCGUACUUUGCGAGGUUCCUGACGUAG